CUCAAGACAAUCCGCCUGAAACACUUCAAACCCUCCUCACGUAUGAGAAAACGCCGGGUCAAGCACAAAGAUUUCUCGGUACACUCGCGUGGAUCGGAUUUAACCUCUUAUUUUUCUACAACGCACUCGACAGUGGCAAAUUUUCUGAACAUAAAAACAAGUGGGUGACGGUACAUAAACAGAGGGUAAUAGAGUAUGGACAAAAGUAUGAUGAUAAAUUGGACUACAUUCUCGAAACCAUGCCCGGUGCUGUCCAAAUCCCGGUUGAUCAGAAACGUCUGCCAUGUAAUCCACCAGCAAAGAUGGUAAUUGUUCAGCGUACUGAAAAUGGCAACGACUACAAGGUUUGA